AGCAACAAAAUGGCGCUUGUCAAACCUCGGCGCCUCGAUAAAAGUGACUAUGCGUUCGCUGAGCAGGGGUUACAGACUCAUGUGUUGGAUAUUUUAGGAUCGCGAGAAAAUGAAGUUGAUUUAUUUAGGCCAUCUUUGGCAGACCAACACAAGGUUGGUUUCUUUACAUUGGACAGAUGUUCACAAACAGAUGUCACAGAGGUCGUGGACCUCAAAGAGAUGACAGAAAUUAUACAAAUACUUCUACAGGAUGUGACAAACCUUAGGAGGGAUAUAAACUUUGCCAAACAUGUUAUGCAGGCAGACUAUGAGAAGAAGCUACAAGAGAAAGCUAUGGAGUUAUACUGUCGAAUCAACGACAAGGUCACACAGCUGGAGAGGAUGCAUGAAGACAGGGUGGACACUGUACGGCGUGCAUUCAAACAACAGCUUGCUGAUGCCAUAGCCCGCAUAUCAGUACUAUAUAGUAAAAAUAUGGAGAACAAGAUUCAGCGUGAGAAAUCCAAACGAGCAAGUGACAAAGACAAACUCGGAGAACAGUACAAAGAAAUGCAGGCUACAAUACAGAGGAGUGAGCAAGUGAUCUCCAUGUUAAAGAUGCAGUUAGCCCACUACCAGCAGCAGCAGCCGACAAUGGAAAUGGAAAGUCCGGCCCCUUCAGACAGACCGUCCAAUAGGACGCCUUCGUCACUUGUGUCUUCGGUAGAGGAACUGUCUAUCAAGUCCAAGUCUCCAGAAAUCAAUCCGGAACUCGAGGAACUGCGUGAAGAGGUCGGCGGAUUGUCAAGGAAAAUAAACAAACUGGAGAAAACCAUUGAUGUCAAGGAAGAGAACAUUACAGGGUUGAAUCAAGAAAUAGCAAAACUAAAGGAGAUGCUGGAGAAUGAGAAAUCCGUGUCAGAGCAGUAUAAAAAGGACUCUGAAACAAUGAAAGCCAAUGCUGCACAGGAGCAGGCCUCCUCAAAAAGACUUGCUGUGCUUAUAGAAAGUUCUAUGAGUAAUGAACAGGGCUCAGGAAUGGCUAAACAGAAGGAGGAAAUGCAGAGGUUGAUGGAGGAGAAGAUGAGGGCAGCUCGUGAUGAGGCCAUGCUACAAGCACAGGAGGAAGCCAGCAAGAUGCAGACUGCCGAGCAGAAUAAACUUAAGGUUCUGAUGGACCAGAAGAAACGACUUGAGGAAAUGCUGCUACAGGAAAAGAAGAAAAGCAGUCAGAAGUCACAGAGUGAGAUUGACACUGACAAAUUCAAGAAGAACGAGGACAGACUGAGGGAUGAAAUCAUGAGACUCAAGGGUGAAAUAGAAAAAGUACAUAAAGUGUGGGAGAAGAAAUUUGCCAUUCUUCAGCAGAGUAUGCAUGCCCUUAAAGAUGAGAGUUAUAUCCGCCAAACUCUCCAACGCCAGGCUGCGACCCUUCAUCAUGCGUCCGUCAGCUAUGCAGCGGAUACACCUGUUGGAAUUAUGGCUACCAAUAAACAUGCCACCACAACGCCCAUGAAGAAGCCAAUCAUACCUGAUAUUUCUAAGAAAACGUCAGGACAGACACCAAAUGUCCAGGGGGCUUCGGCUGAUAAAGAUUAUAUUUCCUACACAGUAUCGGCCCCAAGUGGGCGGGGCACAGCGAUGAUGUCUGUCGACGAGCACCAAGUGAUGUCAGAAGGAGAGCAGGAACUUCCAUCAGACAUAGCUCCACUCCCCGAUCCACCAGUUAGAAAGGGCCGUCGCUCUCGGCAGAAACAUCAACCUAAAGAGGAUGUAGAGGAGGAGGUGGAUAGUCGACCGACUUCCCAGGGCCAUGUGGUUGUCGUACCGUCACAGGCAUAAACUUGGAAGAGUUGGGUCUGCCAUUUGACGGCCUGGAUCUCUCCUGAAACUGCCUACAAAAGUCAAAAGUUUACUAAUCAGUCUUGUGGAAUUUUUCAGUUAAUCACUUCAAAUUCGAAGGAUGAAAGGAAAUAAAAAAAAACCACUGCAUUAUUGAAUGAUAUCCUUUCAACAUUGACUUACGAUGAUAUUUUUUACUACAGGUAUUCUUGUGACUAACAUCAAGAAAACCGAGGAAGUAAACAUGAAUAUUUCUUUACUUUAACGCGGGCAACAUAAUUAUAACUGACAAAAUUUUCAAAAUUGACUGAAUGUUCCCCUUUGGAAUCUUUACUGGACAUAAAUGACAGAUUGUAUUGCCAGUCACGGAGGUGUUAAAGCAGAUGGUGUAUUCUGCCUAUAGACGUGGAUUGUGUAUGGUGACUGUACCAAAAAUCGGUACAGUGCUAAAUAACAGUUACUGUACACUACAUAUAUUUUGCAAUAACAUAUGCCAAGUAACCAGUUGCCAAUCAGGUUGGUCUGUGUGUAAUUGACAACUGUUAAAAGUGUGAGUGUUUUCAUGUUUUGUAAUUAAUUCACAAAUAGUGCAUUCUAACUAAAAUAUUUUAAUUUUAUUGAUGUCAAAACUAUACCAGCAUUUUAAGAUGACGAAAAUAUUGCCUUCUUUUUGUCUUUCAUUUAUUUUUUAUAUCUUCCUUGCAAUGGAUAUGUGUUGAAAAUCUCCAUAUCAGUGUGGGUGUGGGUGUGGGGGUGGGUGGGGGGAGAGACGGAAAUAGUAUUUGAAUUCAAACUCCGUUAUUGGUUAUAGAACGUAUUGCAGCGGCUGAUUUACUUCUAAAUAAGUACAUGUAACAUCUGUUGAGAAGGAUUUCCGUCGUGAUCAGAAAUGCAAACCUAGUAAAUGUACCUUUGAGCAUUAAUUGUAGAUUUUGUUCACACAUUAAUGAACAAUAAGAUGCAUUUUAUUACGUUACUGUGUACGUUAAUGGUAUAUAUCCGAUCAGUAGGACUCUUGGAAUAAAUUGAUUCUAUACGAGGUGGGUUUUAGAGCAAAUGCCACUUAAUAUGUGGUUCUGUUUUAAGUAUGUCACUUGAGUGGUUCCUGAACGACAAACACGGAGUCUUCACGUUCUGUAGAUAUUUUACACUGUGAUAGGCCUGGAAGGAAUAUUGUAAUGGCCGUAUAAAUAUUAUUUUUAGUUAAAUAUACAUACAGCAUUACUGGAAAUGUAGAAAGUUGAGAUCUUUAAAAUUUGUUGUUACACCUGGUGCAUUAUAUAAAAUAUACAGGCAUUUCUUUAUACAUAGACUACGUCGUGGAGUUAAUCUUAUUAUGUUAGUAUUUAUGGUGAUAGUGUUUGGUAUUGAUCAUUAUCUGUGAUAUCUACAAUGAUAGAGUCAUGCUGUGCUGUAUCCUGUUGGUUUAACACAUGGACAUGAAUGCAAAAUCUUCAGAAUGUGUUUUAAACAAUAUUAAUAUAGUUAACAAUACUUUUGUAUUUUCAUCCGAUUGUGAGUUUAAAUACCUAUACAUCUGUCCUGAUUUUUAGACUUAAAUAUACAUGGAAAUUCAUUGUGUAUUAUUUAAAAAUGAAUUAAACUAAGACCAAUUUGACCAGACUUUUGUACAUCUGGAAGCAUGUGAGAGAAAGUGUGUCGUCUGUUUGCUGGUAUGUGUGGAUGUUAGUGAUGAGAGUGGGAUGUUCGUGAUAGUCCUAUUUUAAUCUGUAAGGAAACGUACGUGUACUUUCUUCUGGAUUUUGAAAAUGAAUCGCAUUGGAAUCUGCGAUUGUCCGCUUAUGAAAAUGCAUCAAGAUAUUCAAGAGUUUUACUGUCCGCGAGUUUAAGGACUUCAUGACCGUCAUUGGAUACUUGAUUGGUGACAAAGACAACUGGGAUAGAUGUAGUUAACAACAAAAUGUACAGAAUGUAUUGUGUAAUAUUCAAUAGAGAAUAAACAAAUGAGUCAUGUCUGUCCUAUUUGAAAGUACGGUCAUCGUUCAAGGGGUGCACUCGAGAGAUAUUUAUCGUCCUGGUACAUGUGUACGGUAUGAACUGCCAGGUAUGUUACAUCAUCGUGUCGCAUUUCUGUAUAAGCAGGAUCCAUUCCGCCCCUUUCUGUGAAUGUCGACACUUCACACGAGAAAGUCACCGUCAAAGAUACCAGUUGACACAAUACCGUGUCAGAUGUUAAAACAACUUCCUUGUUCAAUUCGCAUGACUAUGAGUAUGGUUUGCCAGUUAAUUUGUUGAUGGGUGGCAUAACAUGAAUGUGAAAACUUUAUUUAUGUAUUGAUGUAAUAAAAUAUUGUAUGCUGAAACUUGA